CUAGUAUUAUCAUCAAGCCAGCAAACAAGACUGUAGCUGAAGGAGACAUGAUAGUCUUCCAUUGUGCUGCCACUGGGAACCCAACUCCAAAGAUGAUAUGGAUUAACAAUGGGAAGACUGUGGGUGAAGGAGACACACUCAGCUUUGAAACAAACAGAACUCAAACUGGAAAAUAUUGGUGUUUAGCAGAGAAUGGACUAGCGUCCGCUGUCAAUGCUAGCGCAAAUCUUGAUGUUCAGUUUCCACCAAACUUUACUUCGAGACCAAGCAACCAAACUGUUAUCGAAGGAACAAAAAUCAUAUUUAACUGUUCAGCAACUGGGAACCCUCAUCCUGACAUGUCGUGGCUUAAGGAUGGAAAGACUGUGGCAGAAGGCGACACUUUGAGCCUUGAAACCAGCAGAAAUGAUUCUGGGAUAUAUUGGUGUUUGGCCAAGAAUGGAGUGGGUGAAGUUAUCAAUGCGACUGCCUAUCUCGAUGUACAGUUCUCACCAAGUAUUAUCACCAAGCCAACAAACAAGACUGCUAUUGAAGGAGAUAUGGUAAGUUUCCGUUGUAAAGCCACCGGGAACCCAACUCCCAUGAUAUCAUGGAUCAAAGAUGGAAAGACUGUGGCCGAAGGAGAUACUCUGAGCUUUAAAACCAACAAAACUCAAUCUGGGGAAUACUGGUGUACGGCAGCGAAUGGUAUGAAGGCUACUGUGAAUGCCAGUGCCAAUCUUGAUGUCCAGUUUCCACCAAGCUUUACUUCAAGACCAACUAACCAAACUGUUAUCGAAGGAACGAACACAACCUUUCACUGUGCUGCCACUGGAAACCCAACUCCUAAGAUGUCGUGGCUGAAAGAUGGGGAAACUGUGGCUGAAGGGGACACCUUGAGUCUUCAAACCAACAGAAGUGAUUCUGGAAAAUAUUGGUGUUUUGCGGACAAUGGACUGGGUGAUGCUAUCGAAACGACUGCUCAUCUUGACGUACAGUUCCCACCAGCUCUGACCGUUACUCCUACAAACUUAACUAUGGCCGAGGGUCACAAUGCAACUCUCCGCUGCUCAGCUGCGGGGAAUCCCACUCCAACGAUAACAUGGAUGAAGGAUGGUCAGACUGUAGCUACAGGAAGAUCACUUACUUUAGAAGUUAAGAAGGAAGAUUCUGGAAUAUACUGGUGUAUUGCGGAUAACGGUUUGAGAGUCACGGCCAAUGCUAGUGCUUUUCUUAACGUUCAGUUCUCAUCUGGUUUCACUACGCUACCAUCUGACCAGACUGUCAUGGAAGGCGAAGAAGUGAUAUUCCAUUGCGCUGCCAAAGGAAACCCAACGCCUAGAAUAACUUGGACAAAGGAUGGAAAUAUACUGGCUUCAGGAAACACUUUUAAGUUUACAGCCCGUAAGAAUGAUUCCGGAGAAUACUUUUGCUCGGCUGAGAAUGGAGUAGAACUAGCCAUCAAUGCAAGCGCCCAUCUUGAUGUACAGUAUGCACCAAGCUUCGUGGUCAAACCAACGAACAAAACCAUAACUGAAGGUAGCUCGGUGGUAUUCACUUGCGAUGCCACUGGAAACCCAAUUCCAGAGAUUACAUGGUUUAAGGAUGGGGAGACUGUUGCUAAAGGAAAGGAACUGAUGUUUGUUACCAAUAGGAAUCAAUCUGGAGAAUACUGGUGUUUAGCUGCCAAUGGGUUAAAUGUGACUGUCAAUGCUAGUGCUUCUCUUGAUGUUCAGUUUCCACCAAGUUUUACAGCAACACCAAGCGAUCUGACUGUUCGAGAAGAUAGUGAAGCAAGAUUCCAUUGUUCUGCCUCUGGUAAUCCAACCCCUGAGAUAACAUGGAUGAUAGAUGGGAAGACUGUGGCUCAAGGAGGUGUGCUGAGGUUUUCUGCCAAACGAAAUCAGUCUGGGGAAUAUCAAUGUUCAGCAGAUAAUGGAAUGGGUGUGAAUAUCACCGCUAGUGCCUCUCUUGAUGUACAAUUUGAACCAAGUUUAAUCACAGCAGCAGAUAAUCAGACAGUUAUCGAGGGAACCAAGGUAACAUUCUACUGCAAUGCCUCUGGGAACCCAUCUCCGAAGAUAACGUGGUCAAAAGAUGGUAAGAUUCUGACUGAGGGAGAAACUCUAAGCUUUGAAGCGAACAGGAAUCAAUUUGGAGAGUACUGGUGUUCAGCAAAGAAUGGAUUAAGUGUGACUGCCAAUGCCAGUGCCCAUCUUGAUGUUCAGUUCCUACCAAGUUUUACAUCAACACCAAGCAAUCUGACUGUUCGAGAAGAUAGUGAAGCAAUAUUUCUUUGCACUGCCACUGGGAACCCAACUCCUACGAUAUCAUGGAUGAAAGAUGGGAAGACUGUGGGUCAAGGAGACGAGCUGAGGUUUUCUGCCAAACGAAAUCAGUCUGGGGAAUAUCGAUGUUCAGCAGAUAAUGGACUGGGUGUAAAUAUCACUGCAAGCGCCUCACUUGAUGUACAGUUUGAACCAAGGUUAAUCACAACACCGGAUGAUCAGACAGUUAUCGAGGGAACCAAGGCAACAUUCCACUGCAAUGCCUCUGGGAACCCAUCUCCAAAGAUAACUUGGUCAAAAGAUGGUAAGACUCUGACUGAAGGGGAAACUCUGAGCUUUGAAGCGAACAGGAAUCAAUCUGGAGAGUACUGGUGUUCAGCAGAGAAUGGAUUAAGUGUGACUGUCAAUGCCAGUGCCCAUCUUGAUGUUCAGUUUCUACCAAGUUUUACAUCAACACCAAGCGAUCUGACUGUUCGAGAAGAUAGUGAAGCAAUAUUUCUUUGCACUGCCACUGGGAACCCAACUCCUACGAUAAAAUGGAUGAAAGAUGGUAAGAUUGUGGGUCAAGGAGAUGAGCUGAGGUUUUCUGCCAAACGAAAUCAGUCUGGGGAAUAUCGAUGUUCAGCAGAUAAUGGACUGGGUUUAAAUAUCACUGCAAUUGCCUCACUUGAUGUACAGUUUGAACCAAGGUUAAUCACAACACCAGAUGAUCAGACAGUUAUUGAGGGAACCAAGGCAACAUUCCACUGCAAUGCCUCUGGGAACCCAUCUCCAAAAAUAACUUGGUCAAAAGAUGGUAAGACUCUGACUGAAGGGGAAACUCUGAGCUUUGAAGCGAACAGGAAUCAAUCUGGAGAGUACUGGUGUUCAGCAGAGAAUGGAUUAAGUGUGACUGUCAAUGCCAGUGCCCAUCUUGAUGUUCAGUUCCUUCCAAGUUUUACAUCAACACCAAGCGAUCUGACUGUUCGAGAAGAUAGUGAAGCAAUAUUUCUUUGCACUGCCACUGGGAACCCAAAUCCUACGAUAACAUGGAUGAAAGAUGGUAAGAUUGUGGGUCAAGGAGAUGAGCUGAGGUUUUCUGCCAAACGAAAUCAGUCUGGGGAGUAUCGAUGUUCAGGAGAUAAUGGACUGGGUGUAAAUAUCACUGCAAUUGCCUCACUUGAUGUACAGUUUGAACCAAGGUUAAUCACAACACCAGAUGAUCAGACAGUUAUCGAGGGAACCAAGGCAACAUUUUACUGCAAUGCCUCUGGGAACCCAUCUCCAAAGAUAACUUGGUCAAAAGAUGGUAAGACUCUGACUGAAGGGGAAACUCUGAGCUUUGAAGCGAACAGGAAUCAAUCUGGAGAGUACUGGUGUUCAGUAGAGAAUGGAUUAAGUGUGACUGUCAAUGCCAGUGCCCAUCUUGAUGUUCAGUUCCUACCAAGUUUUACAUCAAAACCAAGCGAUGUGACUGUUCGAGAAGGUAGUGAAGCAAUAUUUCUUUGUACUGCCACUGGGAACCCAACUCCUACGAUUACAUGGAUGAAAGAUGGGAAGACUGUGGGUCUAGGAGAUGAGCUGAGGUUUUCUGCCAAACGAAAUCAGUCUGGGGAAUAUCGAUGUUCAGCAGAUAAUGGACUGAGUGUAAAUAUCACUGCUAGUGCCUCACUUGAUGUACAGUUUGAACCAAGUUUAAUCACAACACCAGAUGAUCAGAUAGUUAUCGAGGGAACCAAAGUAACAUUCCUCUGCAAUGCCUCCGGGAACCCAUCUCCAAAGAUAACUUGGUCAAAAGAUGGUAAGACUCUGACUGAAGGGGAAACUCUGAGCUUUGAAGCGAACAGGAAUCAAUCUGGAGAGUACUGGUGUUCAGCAGAGAAUGGAUUAAGUGUGACUGUCAAUGCUAGUGCCCAUCUUGAUGUUCAGUUCCUACCACGUUUUACAUCAACACCAAGCAAUCUGACUGUUCGAGAAGAUAGUGAAGCAAUAUUUCUUUGUACUGCCACUGGGAACCCAACUCCUACGAUAACAUGGAUGAAAGAUGGGAAGACUGUGGCUCAAGGAGAUGAGCUGAGGUUUAUUGCUAAACGAAAUCAGUCUGGGGAAUAUCGAUGUUCAGCAGAUAAUGGACUGGGUGUUAAUAUCACUGCUAGUGCCUCAAUUGAUGUACAGUUUGAACCAAGUUUAAUCACAACACCAGAUGAUCAGACAGUUAUCGCGGGAACCAAGGCAACAUUCCACUGUAAUGCCUCUGGGAAUCCAUCUCCAACGAUAACUUGGUCAAAAGAUGGUAAGACUCUGACUGAAGGAGAAACUCUGAGCUUUGAAGCGAACAGGAAUCAAUCUGGAGAGUACUGGUGUUCAGCAGAGAAUGGAUUAAGUGUGACUGUUAAUGACAGUGCCCAUCUUGAUGUUCAGUUUCCACCAAGUUUUACAACAACACCAAGCAAUCUUACUGUGCAAGAAGAUAAUGAAGCAAGAUUCCAUUGCUCAGCUACUGGGAACCCACCUCCUACGAUAACAUGGAUGAAAGAUGGGAAGACUGUUGUUCAAGGAGAUGAACUGAGGUUUACUGCUAAACGAAAUCAGUCUGGGGAAUAUCUAUGUUCAGCAGAUAAUGGACUGGGUGUGAAUAUCACUGCUAGUGCCUCUCUCGAUGUACAAUUUGCACCAAGUUUGAUCUCAACACCAGCUGACCAGACAGUUAUCGAAGGAACCAAAACAUCAUUUUUCUGUAAUGCCUCUGGAAACCCAUCUCCAAAGAUAACUUGGUCGAAAGAUGGGGAGAUUCUGACUGAAGGAGAAACUCUGAGCUUUGAAGCGAACAGGAAUCAAUCUGGAGAGUACUGGUGUUCAGCAGAGAAUGGAUUACGUGUAGUUGUCAAUGCCAGUGCCCAUCUCGAUGUUCAAUAUGCGCUGAGUUUCACAUCAAUUCCUGGGGAUCAGACCAUCGAAGAAGGCGAUGAAGCAACAUUCAAAUGUAGCGCUACUGGGAACCCAGCUCCAGAAAUUACAUGGAUAAAGUAUGGGAAGACUGUGGGCUUGGGAGAAACCUUGCGGCUUACAUCAGUUGACAGGAACCAAUCAGGAGAAUACGUGUGUUCAGUUGAUAAUGUAUUGGGUUUUAAUAUGGUUACCAGCGCCAAACUUGAUGUGCAAUUUUCACCAAGUGUAGUCGAAGUACCAACGAACAAGACCAUCUUCGAAGGCGAAACAGCAACGUUCCAUUGCAAGGCCACCGGGAACCCAGCCCCAGAGAUAACAUGGACGAAAAAUGGGAAGACUGUGGGAUCAGGAGAAACGCUAAGCUUCGAAACGAGCAGGAAUCAAUCUGGAAAAUACUUGUGUUCUGCUGACAAUGGCAUAGAUAAAUCUGCCAGUGCAAGUGCUUAUCUUGAUGUCCACUAUCCUCUGAGCCUCACUACUACACCAAGCGACCAAACUGUCAGGGAAGGUGAAACGGCAGAAUUUCAUUGUAGUGCCACUGGAAACCCACCUCCAAAGGUGAUAUGGAUGAAAGAUGGGAAGGUUGUGGGUCAGGGGGACAAAUUGAGCUUUGAAUCAAGCAAGAAUCGAUCUGGAAAGUACUGGUGUAUGGCGAGAAACGAACUUGGUUUGACUAUCAACGCCAGUGCUUUGCUCGAUGUUCAGUUUUCACCAGUUAUUGACACAGAGCCUGUCAGCAAGACUGUCACUGAGGGUACCAUGGUCAAGUUCUUUUGUAAUGCCACAGGAAAUCCACUUCCGGAGAUUACAUGGAUAAGGAAUGGGGAGACUGUUGCUCAAGGAGAAACAAUGAGCUUUGAAACAAUCAGGGAUCAAUCUGGAGAAUAUUGGUGUUUAGUAGAGAAUGGGAUGAGUCCGAAUGCCAGUGCUAGUGCAAAUCUUGAUGUGCAGUUUCCCCCCAGUUUUACCUCAAAACCAGUCGACCAAACUGUUAAGGAGGGAGAUGAAACCACUCUCCAUUGCACUGCCACGGGAAACCCCACACCAAAUAUAACGUGGAUUAAAGAUGGGAUGGCUGUGGCUUUUGGAGAGACAUUCAAAUUUUCAGCGAACAGAACUAAGUCUGGAACAUAUUGGUGUUCUGUGGAGAAUGGACUGAAUGUCGCUGUCAAUACAAGUGCCUCGCUUGAUGUCCAAUUUCCACCAAGUUGUGUGGUAACUCCAAAGUCCCACUCUGUCAUCGAGGGCCACGACGCGUCAUUCCUUUGCAGUGCCACGGGGAACCCAACUCCAGAUCUCACAUGGUAUAAAGAUGGAAUGGUUGUGGCUUCAGGAGACACUCUGACAUUUACAGCCAACAGGAAUCAAUCUGGACAGUACUGGUGUUCAGCGGAAAACAUUUUUAACAAGACUGUUAGAGCUAGUGGAAAUCUCGAAGUACACUUUAAACCAGAAAAGACCCGUCUAACAGUGACUCCAGACGUCUCCGAUCGUGUCAAAUUUGGCAGCUCUGUGAAGUUCACCUGUACCGCGGAAUCACGUCCAACUGUGGAAGUGUAUAAUUUUUACCGCGACCAAUUGUUGCUUGGAAGCAACAUUAGUGGUAUUUAUGAAGUUCAGCUACAAAGAAGCGGUCGGUAUUCUUGUGUGCCCGUCAACCGCGCAGGAAAUGGAACACAAUCCUCGAUAAACAUUGCCGUGGAUGUUCAGAAGCCAUAUUUCCCUGAGCUGGUCCCUCCGGUUUACCUGUUUAAGGACAGCCAGGCUCGGUUACCUUGCAAGCCUGCGGGGGAACCGCAGCCAACAGUGAAGUGGUUUAAGGAUGGUGUAGCAAUUAGUUACGGACAGAACGCAAACUACAGACUUCAAGCAAACGGGACCUUGAUUAUAGACAAAGUGGAAAAUGGCAACGCUGGGAAGUACACCUGUAUGGCUGAAAACUUCUUGGGGAAAGCAAAUGUAACAGCUCGAGGAAUUUUGCUUGAGAGGACGAAGAUCUUUAAGGGACCUCCACAAACCCAGACAGUCAGUCAGGGUACAAACGUGGAAUUAAAAUGCAACGCGACUGCGGAUCCUUCUUUGGAGUUGAGAUAUAUUUGGAAAAAAGACGGCAUUGAAGUUAUUAGCUCAAAGCCAGAAAAUGUGUUGAGGAUCUUAAACAUCUCUGUUGAUGAGGCUGGUAUUUACACGUGUGUAGCAUUCACACCAGAACCCAAGAGAUCAGAAGACAGCGUCUCCGCCAUUGUUUCCAUCAUAGGUGUUCCACCUCCUCCGGAAAAUCUUCAGAUAACUGAUUGCUAUGACAGGGCACCCAUUCUAUCAUGGACUCCUGUGGCCUCAAACAACGCCCCUAUCACUCAAUAUCUGAUUUAUCAAGAAUCGAAUCACAACCCAACCGUCUUCAAACUUCAUAAUGUCACUGACCCUAACGUUACAUCUUUUCAAUUAAGCCUCCCUGGCUGGACCAAUCUACGUUUCCGUGUAAGGGCAGUCAACGACUUUGGAGCAGGCCGCCCCAGUCUGUCAACUGCGAAAGGGGCUUGUGAAACACCCUCCGUAGCACCAGACAGUCACCCAAAAAAGUUAAGAGGAGUACCUGGAAAUGCAAAUGAGCUGGUCAUUUAUUGGGACCCUAUGCCAAAAGACAAAUGGAACGCCCAGGGUUUUUAUUACGUCAUACAAUACAGAAAAGUGAAUGGACGGAUUUCUGAAUGGAGAGAUGAGAAAAUCGCUGACCCUGGAGUAAACAUGUUUGAUUUGUCUAAUCCUGGUUACUAUCAACUAUGGGAAUUCACAAUACGCGCGGGUAAUAACGAGGGAUCUGGACCUGCCAGCCCUGUGGAAAGUGCGCACUCCGGUCAAAAUGCCCCAGUUGUAAAACCAGAAAGUUCUGAAGUGGGAACGGUGUCUGACGAUUCAGUGACUUUGAGCUGGGAACCUGUCACCGUGAAAAGAGGAAGUGUCGACGGAUACAGGAUUUAUUACUGGGGUGAACCUCUCUCAGUCAGCUCAAGGAGAAAAAGACGAGCCAUUCCUAGUACAGCCGAAAAAUUCGAGGUCAUAGGGGGCAGCAACACACAGGCUACAAUUACUGGACUUAAACCAUUCUCAGCUUAUAGUGCUGCUGUAAAGGCUUUUAACUCUGGCGGUGAAGGACCAGAAAGUCCCAUAAUUAACUUUGAAACUUCGGAGAGUGAACCUGGUCCGCCAUCAGACGUAUUCAUUGAUGCAUUCGAUGAGUUCCUCCGGAUCAGGUGGACACCGCCCCAGGAGCCAAAUGGAAUUAUUAACGGCUAUCGUGUGGGGUGGGCUGAGUACGACGGCUCCUCGCCUGAAAGAGUUGUUCUUUCUAUGGAAGAAGUAGAAGUUACUGUGCGCACAAUAUUGUUGAAAAACAAAAAAUCUGAAACGAGCUAUGUAGUGGAGGUGCAAGCCAAAACUAGUAAAGGAUGGGGCCGCGGUUUAAGGAGGAAUACAACAACUGUAAAGAAAUCAGCUCCUGCCAAACCGCUGAAGCCCACCGUUAAACAGAUACCAGGCAAAAACGCGUUUAAUGUUACCUACAACUUUGCUGUCGGAGGAGGCUGGACACUCGAGUUCAAAGUUUUGUACAGAAAAGAAGCAGAAGGGGAGACAUAUCAGAACACAGCUUGGGUAGAUCAUUUCGAAAGGAGAUGGACUGUGAUCGACGAUCUGAAACCAGACAAGUAUGAAUUCAAGACUGUGGCUAGAAACAAAGUUGGGAUGAGUGCAGAAAGCGACCUCACGUUUGCGGACCUCAAAAACGCAGAGGAAGUACAAGACGUUGCUGAGCUGAAAAGUCCAUCCACCUAUAAUUCCGAUUGGUUCAUCACAGUCGUUAUCAUCGGAGCUAUUGUUGUUCUUCUUAUUGUAAUUGUCGUUGUGGUCAAACAAUGCCGGAAGAGGCGUAGCGAAAAUUUACAUGAGUCCGAUAAAGAAAAGGAAGCCAGUCAAGAAAAUCCAAAACCCAUCGACUUUAAACCGCGCGAGGACUGGAGAACAAGACUUGAACGUGUGGAUGAAGCUGACAGCGAAAGCCACGACAGCUUGGAUGAAUAUGGCGGAGGAGGAGCAUAUUUUUCAGAAGAUGGCUCCUUCGUGGGUGAAUUUGACGCGAAGAAAAGCGAUACUCCGCAUGAACAAGUUCAAGAUCCAGCUGUGUAACACUGAGAAGUCUUAGAUUUCCCUCUACUGAGUCUUUUGAGUGUUAACAUGCAGAAUAAUUUAAAAAUUAAAUUUGCAACCGUUUAGCACCGUUGCAAGUUGAGAGAGUUUAAACUGAGAGUUGGAAGUGAUAGAUAUUUCGUUACUUUUGAUUCACAAUACUAUGCGAGGGGUGAAGAAAAACCACGCUAGUCUCUCAAACAGUUGGACUCGAUAAAAAACUACUCACUGCUUUUGAGAUUUUAUUUUAUUUUUUGACGAUUAUAGGUUUAAAAACGAAACUUGAAAAAGUGUUUAGUCGUAGAACAUCAUGUUCCUUUGUAGAGAAAAUCAAACCUGUUUGCACUCGAAGAGUCAGAAACUCUGUCAAUUUUUCUUAUUUUAUGUUUUGGGAGUUUAAACUCUCCAACAGGCACUGCGGGCUCGGUUGUUUGUUUGAGAGGAAAUUGUUUCAGAAAAAAUGUUUUCUUCCCAUAUUGUUAGACAGUUAUCACUAACUGCUUGUCUUAGUUUUAAAACUGAUUUAUUUCAAGUUUGGUAGCAUUCCUUUGAGUAGAAUGACACCAUUAUUGGGAAAGUGGUGCCGCUAGGAUUGGUCGGUUUGAUUUUUUCUUUCUUUCUAUUUUCACUGCACGAAAGAAGUAGAUUUGGCAGGCUCAAGUCAGCUUCAACUUUCGUGUUCGCGGGAACAAAGUGAGCACCGCGAAGAAGUGGGAAUUACUUUUCAUCUCAGCCAAUCAGGUGUAAGACUAAACUAAAUGUUGUUUCGCUGGCGCUAAUUUUCCCACGCUAUAUCUCUACUGCCUCUCGCUUUCCGAUUGGUUCGACUUACUUUUUUCGCCAUUUGUGAUUGGCUAAAAAUAUGAACUAGUGUAGCAUUCAGUCUCCCAGUUGACAACUUAUAGGAAAUUUUAGCACACAGUGAGGGACACAACUGUCCUAUGUUUUGAUACAGGAGUUAGUUAUUUAAUUUACUCGUGUUUUUUUUUAAGGAAAUUUAGUGUAAGAAAUUGUUACAGUAAAUGGUUUACUUACGAUUUUUAACUAUUUUAGCAUAGUCCUAUUUUGCCAAGUCUUGAAGAUUCCCUGUAAAACUUCUGUGGUAAAGAAUGAUUUAAUACCACCAAGAGAUAUUGGAUAGUGAUAGAUGCAGGCUGUAGUUUCUGCUGACAAGGUUCUGUGCUUCCAGAAUUAAAAUUGGCUAUCUGUUGUACACCGCUGCUUUCAGUUACUAAAGAUUUGCUAAAAUCUAAGCGCUCAGAGUUAAGGAUUUCUGCUUUCAAAUAUAUAUUAGCCAAUGGCCGUAGGAGUUAGAUUCUCAAAUUUAUCUGCUUGCCUUAUAUAAUGAGCCGCUAAAUUAGUCGUAAGUUUAUCUGCUAUUAUUGCUUUAUUUAAAUUGAUAAAAGAACAUGUUACUUUGGUUAAUUUUCCAUGAAUAAAAAAUGCCAUAACGCUUAGUUAAUAAAGAUGAAUU